AUGAAGCCUGAGAUUGCAGUCCCACUUAUAGCUGGGCUUGUAUACCGCGCCUGGUCGCACAAGUCCCUUACGCCUGCUGGCAUUGCUACAGCAAUCGUAACUGCAGUGGUGCACGCCAUACAUCCAUGGAGUGCGUUCUUCUUAUUACUCGCGGUUUUCUUCCUCGCUGGUAGUGCUGUGACAAAGGUCAAGCACGAUGUGAAGGCGAAGCUCACACAAUCGGCCACGGGUGCAUCUGGUGGAGAAGGGACGCGCAACCACGUUCAAGUCAUCGCGAACUCCGGCAUUGCUUCCGUACUGAUACUGCUUCACUACUGGCAGUUGAAGAAGGAGGGGAGGUUUGAGAGCAAAGAUCUGUGCUUCCACAAGAGAAGCGACAUCCUGGUGGUUGGCAUCAUUGCAAACUAUGCUGCCGUAGCCGCCGAUACCUUUUCCUCCGAGCUCGGCAUCCUGUCUAAAGGCAAGCCCGUCCUCAUCACCGCACCAUGGCGCAGCGUUCCUCCGGGUACAAACGGUGGUGUAACAGGUACAGGGCUCGCUGCUGGCAUGUACGGGUCACUGGGUAUCUCGCUGGUAGCGCUCUUCUUCAUGCCUUUUUGCAGAGAGUGGGAUUCGCGGGAGUCCUUCAGAUUUGCAAUUUCGAUGACAAUGGCUGGUAUAGCCGGUACACUUCUCGACUCACUGCUUGGUGCGCUUUUGCAAGCAAGCGUAGUGGACGUACAGUCAGGCAGAAUUAUCGAAGGCGAAGGCGGCAGGAAGGUCCUAGUCCGCAGCAAGAACCCGCUCUCUCAGAAAAAGGAUGGGAGUGAUGCGAAGAGCAGCAGUGUCGAGCAGGUCGGGUCCACACAGGCGGUGAGGACCAUGAAUAAAGCAGGAGCUGAUGCCAAAGUUGUCGCCGACGGACAACAUGAAAGCCGCAAGGUCGAAGUGGGGACUGAUUUGCUCGACAACAAUGCCGUCAACAUCCUGAUGGCCGCGUCGAUAAGCUUUGGAAGCAUGUUGAUAGCAUGCUACAUUUGGGAAAUGCCCUACAGCAGCGCUAUUGUCGUCACUUCACACAACAUGUCUCUCCGCUUCGUCCCGCCCAAGGCUCACGCCGCCUCGACCCAGCUCGAGACUUCCGCGCCCUCUGCUCCCGGUGUUCACGACAACCUCCGUUCCCGCCUUGCGCAAACAUCAGCUGCACCUUCUUCAGCGAAGCCUGUUGAGCUUCAAUCCGCACAUCCUCUCGAGGCUCGUCUCGUACAGUGGCGUGAGACACAAGACCGUCUGAAGAUGGAGAUGCUGAGGCGACAGUUCGGCAUCGCUGAGCCGGUGAGGAGGGGUAUGGAGCUCAAGAUUGCGUCUGCGGGUGAGUGGCGGCCAGCUGCGCUCGGCGGAUCGAGCGGAGUGCACAAGGACAUCUUGGAAGGUCGCGACUGCGAGAUUGGCUGGGAGGAUGUGUACACCGGCUCCGUGCUUCGCCAAGUGCCCGACUUCCACACCGAGAUCGAGCACAAGAUGAAGAUGAACUGGUAG